UUCUGUGACAAUAUUGCACCCGCCAACAUGGUGAACAUUCCUAAGACCCGCCGUACAUUCUGCAAGAAAUGUGGCAAACACCAACCCCACAAAGUGACCCAGUACAAGAAGGGCAAAGAUUCUUUGUAUGCCCAGGGAAAGCGGCGUUAUGACAGGAAACAGAGUGGCUAUGGUGGGCAGACUAAGCCUAUUUUCCGCAAAAAGGCAAAAACUACAAAGAAGAUUGUGCUGAGACUGGAAUGUGUGGAGCCCAACUGCAGAUCUAAGAGGAUGCUGGCUAUUAAGAGAUGCAAGCAUUUUGAACUGGGAGGUGAUAAGAAGAGAAAGGGCCAAGUGAUCCAGUUCUAAGAUGACCUUGUUAUG